AGGAACAGUAAAUUCAACAAAAUUCCCUCUGUUAGAUAAGCAACUGUUAUUCAACAUUAGUAAGAAAUGACUUGCGUGAAGAGAAUAUUUUCCAAAACCCGUCGCGUUUCAGUCGGACGCCUUGUCGGAGUCACGCUCAGCUCUGGCAGAUGUUUCCACUCGGAACUAGUACGAACCGAAUCCAGCGGACUGCCCAUUGUUCAUCACGGCAAGUAUGUGUGCGACCUUCCAGCAAACCACAGGUUCCCAAUGGCCAAGUUCCCGAGAGUUUUACACUUUUUACUUCAGGACCAAGUCAUCACAGAGAGACAGGUUUGGGUUCCUGAGAUUGCCUCGAAAGACUUGCUCGGCGCCGUGCAUACUGAGGAUUACCUGAACAACUUUAUAAGUGGAAGAAUAAAUGAGCAAGAGCAGCGGAGGACAGGUUUUCCUUGGAGCGAGGGCAUCGUACGACGGUGCCGAUAUGAAACGGGUGGGACUGUUCUCGCUGCUGAAGUGGCUCUACAGAGGGGUCUGGCUUGCAGCACGGCGGGGGGAACCCACCAUGCUUUCCCCAGCUAUGGCUCGGGGUUCUGUCUCCUCAAUGAUUUAGCAGUUGCAGCCAAAUACCUCAUGAACAGCUCAUCAAGGAAGAGAAAGGUUUUAAUCGUGGAUUUAGAUGUGCAUCAGGGUGACGGCACUGCUUUCAUAUUUAAAGAUGAGCCAUCUGUGUUUACAUUUUCUGUGCAUUGUGGGAAAAAUUUCCCCAUCCGCAAACAACAGAGUGACCUGGAUAUCAGCGUGGCGGAUGGGCUGGAAGACAAGGAGUAUCUCUCCACAGUUGCAGAGCACCUACCCUGGCUGCUGGAGACUUUUCAUCCGGACCUGGUUCUGUACGACGCUGGUGUUGACCCACAUUGGGAAGAUGAACUUGGGAGACUCCGUCUGACCGAUCAAGGGCUCUACCAGAGAGAUCUUUAUGUAAUGAAGACUGUGGUGAAGAGAGGUAUUCCUAUUGCUACUGUUAUUGGUGGGGGAUACUCCAGAGACAUCGACAAAUUGGCCCUCAGACACUCCAUCGUCCACAGAGCAGCUACUCAGGUUUGGAGGGAGUGUGGAAUGUAAAGCCAUGUCCUUUAAGAACCAAUAAAGGACAUUUUUUUUCAACAAAAAAAAAAAGAAAAUGUUGACAAUUUGUACCUUUGUUGUUUCGUUAUUCACUAGUAUGAAAUUUAGACAAGGCAGUUGACUAAAUGUGCACCUUUUGUUAAUCAAACACACUAAAAUUAAAAAUGCUCAAUGUGCAAACAUAAAAAAGUACUGGAAAGACAUAGCCUAAUGGGAGUGU